GACCCCCGGUUGUGCGCGAUCAGCUGAGCGCAGCGAGGAACGCGUUGGGCAUCCGAGCCCCUCAUGCGCGGAGCUGCGGUGGGACAGUCGGUAAAGGCGAAGACCGGACAUCCCUGACCCUCCGGGGAGGUGACCGGAAGCCCAGCUGGAUGAAGCCGUUCGGCCCAGACUGCGCGCGGAGAGCGUCGCCUGCGCGGGGCUGAGGGGAGAGGGCGGCGAGAUCUGGAGGUCAGACUGUUUACACCCAGCCGAACCCGCAGGGCGUUAAUAUGAGCGUCUCGGUCGCCCAGGCGUUAUUACGCGUCUCAGGGUCAUCACACUGUAAGGGCAGUUAAGCAGCCCGAAGCAGGACUUCAGUCUAUCGGCGUCAUUAAUCCGGGCUGAAGAUGAACUAGAUCUCCCCUGAUUGCUCCUGAACCCUUUCAGGGGAACUGGACCUGGUCUGUUUAGGGCGGUCAGUGAGGCCGUGCCUCAGAUCAGAUGUGAAGUAAAGAGCAAAUGCUGUAGAAAUGUUGGUGUUUCAGGCUCUGUAGCGUUUACUGUGUCUAUGAGCUCCCUCACAGAAAGCUAUAGCGUGCAGAUGGUUAUGAAUCUGCUGCCUGAUGCCCGAGAUACUGUUUAUCAGACUCUUCAGCCGCGCCAACCGAGACGGAUAAAUGUGCUCCGGUGCAGCUUCGCUACAAACCGAAGGACCUCAUGUCGUUCCUGAGCAGUGAUGGUUCUCCGUGCUCUGUGCUGGGAGCGGAGGAUGACCUCUCCGGUCUGUCGGUGGACCCUGCAGAUUACCAGCUGCUGUCAGAACUGGGUCGGGGUUUUAAUAACCUGAGCCAGGUGAGUAUGGCGCGUCAUAAACCCUCUGGCCGGCUGGUGGCCGUGAAGAACACCAACCUGGACGAGUGUACUGAGGAUGAACUGCUGCAGCUAAUGAACGAGGCCCUCUUGUCCAGACUUUUCCGUCACCCCAACCUUCUCACGUCCAGACUGGUGUUUAGCUCCUGCUGCCAGCUGUGGGUCCUUUCGCCUCUAAUGAGCUACGGCUCUGCGGACUCUUUACUCAGGUCAUAUUUUCCUGAUGGAAUGAGUGAAUCUCUAAUAGCAUACCUGCUUUACGGUGUCCUGAGGGCCCUUCAGUACCUGCACCACAUGGGCUACGUCCACCGGGGCGUGAAGGCGAGUCAUGUGCUGCUGUCUGCUGAGGGCCGUGUGUGUCUGUCUGGGCUGCAGAGUGUGUAUAGUUUAAUGAGAGAUGGGAAGAGGAUGAGAGCCGUGUUCGACAUGCCUCAGCACAGUCCGUCUCUGCUGCCCUGGCUCAGCCCUGAGCUGCUGAGACAGGACCUGCACGGUUACGGGGUGAAGUCCGAUAUCUACAGCGUGGGGAUUUUGGCGUGUGAGCUGGUCAGCGGGAGAGUUCCAUUCCAGGACAUGCCGCCCACUCUGAUGCUGCUGCAGAAGCUCCGGGGUUCUCACAGCUGUCUGCUUGAUGUUGCCCCCUACCCCCUGGGGGAGCUGGGGGCUCUGAAGGUUUCUCGCUCCGGAGUGGACUCUGGGAUUGGGGAGAGCGUAGCGGCCGGCAGCCUGACCCGUAGCACGGCUACUGCAGAACCACAGAGCCCUGGGCCAAAAAACCACUCAGCUACUCUCCACAACUUACUGCAGCUCUGUCUACAGCACCAGCCUGAACGCAGGCCAUCUGCAUCGGCUCUCCUCAGUCACCCCUUCUUUAAACAGGUGAAGAAACACACCCAGGACUUCCAGAGUCUGAUAUAUCCGGCUGUGCCUCUCUCCUGCCCCCCGGACAGUCCAGCAUCUGAUGCCCCCACUCAGAGCCCCAGUACACCAAACACACCCUCGCCCAGCACACCUGAACCUGCGGAUGGGGUGUGGGACUUCUCCUAAUGCUGCAGAGCCCUGAGCGCGAAACACCUUUGCAAGCCAGAACCAGUCAGAUCAUACGUCUGAAUUUGGCCUGUUGAUGUUUUUGAACUUGGGUGCUUCUCUCUCUUCUGGUUUUCUCCUCUCUUUUUCUUUCCAGGCUCUUUUCUCUCUCUCUCUCAUUCUGCCUGCAUACUCCUUUAACACCUGCGGAUCUGUCUCUGUCCCUGUGGGCAGGGCCUUUACCUGCCUUGGCUCUAUGUAUGUCUCCAGAAGGUCUGCGCCUGGUUUGAGACGAUAGAACAGUUUCCACAUUCUUGCUGUGCUGUAUUUUAUAUCCACCAUGCCAAGCCUACUUUUGUUGCUUGUAUUGGGGAUUUGUAGGGUUGCUGCGUGAUGCUGGCUGGUGAGAGGAAUGUGGACAUUCAGUGAAGAAUUCUGUGCCAUGACUGGACAUUUUUGUCUUCAUAAAUGUCAGUAGCCAGUGACCACAACUGCAGUGAAGAAUCAACAAAGCUGAGCCACGUGUACUGGGUGGGUGGUGUGUGUGUGUGUGUGUGUGUGUGUGUGUGUGUGUGUGUGUGUGUGUGUGUGUGUGUGUGUGUGUGCGCGGGUGUGGCCAUUUUAUCAGAAAUACCUACAAUAUAGGCGCACUUUGUAGCUUUAGAGUAACUGAAUCAUUCAGUCGGCUGCCCUUGACACCACCAAGGGUCAGGGAACCACCACUGACCAUGUUAGACAUGAGCAGUGGACCAUUCUUGGCACAGCAGUGAUGCUGGCGUGGUGGUAUGGUCAUAUGCAAAAGUUUGGGCACAUGUUUUAUUGAUUUUCUAAGUGAAAAUAAGCUAACAUGCUCUACAGAGAACACCUGCACCUUUUAAUGCACAGUUACUGUUGUGUGGGAGAUACAAAGGUUACAGCAAAUUCAAUGACAUGUUUUGUUUUUUUAAUAUGUUAAACUUAGAAAAUAUGCACUAAAUAUGCAUCUUAGUACUCUUACUGUACUCUGGUCACUUUUUUAAAAACCUUUUAUAAUUAUAUAACAGUAUGCAAGUAAUUUUAUUGCUCUACCUUGUUAGUGUACGGUUGUGCUGUAUUUCCCUCCUUAUUCCAUCCAAGCAGUGCAAACCCAUCAGCUGUGUAGAAAUGUUGCCAUGGUGACAGCAUCAGAAAUGACAGAUGAUUAUCAGAGUAGAGCUUUGGUUUGACUUUAGCUCAAUUCUUUAUUUAAUGUAGAAAAACAGGUUUUACUCUUGUACAAGUUUUUGUUAUAUAACACACUGGACACAUCUGGACAUCAACAAUGAGUUUGACAGCAGAAGCGCUGCUGUUGCCGGUCUCUGUUUAAAACAGUUUUCUCUGUUCCAUCAUAAUGUAAAAGCAUAAUUAGUGGCUGCAGCCAAUCAGCUGAUGCUCAGUUUCUGUUAGCCAUCCUUUGGCCCUUUAUCAAUGGUCAGCUUCUGACCACAGAGCUGCUCUUGACUGAAUAUGUUUAGGUGGUGGACAUCACUCAUUCUGAUACACUCAUACCAGCACCGCACACACCACCAUGCCAGUGUCACAGCUGUACUGAGAAUGAUCCACUACCUAAAUAACGUGAGGUCAGCGGCAGUGGACAGGGGCUGAUCAGUUGUUCAUCAGCAGCUGGGCUACUGCCUGUAACUGUACUAAGUGUUUGUGAUAAAAUGGCCAUUAGACCUAAUAAACUGGCAACUGAGUAUGCGUGUGUGUGUGUGUGUGUAUAUGUGUGUAUAUGUGUGUGUGUAGGUGCGUGUGUUUGAGUAUGCGUGUAGGUCUGUGUGUGUGUGUGUAUGUAUUUGUGUGUGUAUGCGUGUAGGUGUGCGCAUGUGUGUGUGCAUGCGUGUAGGUCUGUGUGUAGGUGUGUGUUGUGUUAUAAACGGCAUCUCCGAAGCCUUUUGCUCCCUGUGAAGAAUCAGAACCUCAUAUUAAAACCCUGUGAAAACACCAGAUCUGUCCCUGGAUGCUGUGCUGUAAACCUGUCUGCCCAACACUGCCUCACGCUCCGCCCUCCGGCCCUGGAGGCGGGGUCAAUAGCGCCUUCGUACUGUUGAGGAACUGAACAGUUGUAACUGUGACCGACUCCCUGUACCAGAGUCUCUUUGUUUUUUUAUGUUAGCUGUUUGAGCCAUUUAGUUGUAUAAUAAAUAUAUUCUUACCCAUUUUCUUAAAA